UACAUUUCUUAGAUUCAGUUUCAUCCACUUGAACUGAUAACCAAGUAUGGUCUCUGAAAUAUAAAUCAAUUGAAUAGCUUGAUUAUUUUUAUUUCACAAAUAGUGAUCGACCAGUAUCAUCGUAAUCGGACGAAAAAGAAAACCAAUGAGAUUGAACGGAAAUUUACCAACGAUUUUAAGCACUUUGCUGCUAUGUCUCGUCGGACAUAGCAGGACCACUUCAUGUUCUCCACAAUUCUCCGAUAGUUUAGCUAAUUUUAGUAAAGAUAUUUUCUCGGAAAUCUACCAAAAGAACAGUGAUAAAAACAUCAUAUUUUCACCAUUCUCAAUUCAAACCUGCUUGGCCAUGGUGCGUUUGGGAGCUGAUGGUGAAACUGCAACUGAGAUGGCUAAUGUUCUCAAUUUUUCUGGCCAAUCAGUGGAAAAAGUUAUGGAAAAUUAUCACAAAAUUCUAUCAAAAUAUGAUGAUGGAAAAACCUUGAGAAUUGCCAACAAAAUUUAUGUAGCCAAAGACUAUGCUGUGAGAGAUACCUACAAUAAUGUCUUGACCAAAAACUUCUACUCCUCGGUGGAAAAUGUUGAUUUUGGUCAAGAAAUGAAAACUGCCAAAUUAAUAAACUCUUGGGUUGAAUCUAAAACAGAUAAUGCCAUACAUGAUAUUGUCAGCCCUGAAUCACUUAGCAACGAUACCCGUCUCAUGCUGUUGAGUGCCAUCCAUUUCAAGGGCAGCUGGGAGAAGCCAUUUGAUGCGAAAAACACCAAGGAAUCCGAUUUCUGUACCAAUGAAACAGAAACCAUAAAAGUCCAAAUGAUGUCUAAAGCCGGGAUCAUGUCUGCCAAGGAGAUUUCUGAAUUGGAUGCCCGUGUUGUUCGCUUGCCAUAUAGAGAUUGCGAUCUUUCCAUGAUUAUCAUCUUGCCCAAUGCGCGUAAUGGAUUGCCCGAUUUGGUGGAGAAACUGAAAACAUUUUCAUUGGCAUCACUGGCCGGACAAGGUCUAAGGACAAUAGGUGUUCGCCUUUAUUUGCCAAAAUUUAAGACAAAAUUUGAAGUGGUUCUUAAUGACUCUUUGAAAAAGCUUGGCAUGAAGCAAAUUUUCUCUCAGGCCAAUUUGAGUAAAAUGUUGACAGGGGUUGAACCUCUUCGAGUCUCUGAUGUUGUCCACAAAGCCUACAUUGAUGUCAAUGAAGUGGGUACAUCUGCCGAUGGUGCAACAUCAAUUGGAAUUAUGCCCCGUACCGCACCCUUGGAUGUCCGAGCUGAUCAUCCAUUCUACUAUGUCAUAGUGAAUGAAGAUUUUGUCCCACUCUUCCAGGGAACUUUUGUUGGAAUAUGCGGUGCUGGUCAUGGACAGGCCAGCAGUUAUGCUGUUGUAACACAACACAAUGAUAACGGAGGAUACGGAUCUAAAUAUGAUGGUGAAUAUAGCCAUGGAGUCGAAGAUUACGGUAAAACUGACGGCCAUUCUGAACAUGGUGAUGGCGACCACUCAUCAGACUAUUACAGCCAUCCUCAAUAUGAAUUCGCCUAUGGUGUUGAGGACUCGAAAACCGGUGACAUUAAGGAACAAUGGGAAUCCCGAGAUGGCGAUAAAGUACAAGGAAGCUAUUCCCUCAAAGAAUCCGAUGGAACAACUCGUAUUGUACAAUACACCUCUGAUAAGAAGACUGGCUUCGAGGCGACCGUCCAUAAGAUUGGUCAAGCCAACAAUGAAGAUGGUGGAGCUGACCAUUAUGGCCAUCAUGGAUUUUUAGGAAUAUUCUUUUGCAUUUUGCUGGCAUGUCUACAGGGGACAACAACAACCCCUUUCGAUUCCCAGAACUUUCAUUCCAGCUUGUCGAACUUUAGUAGAAAUAUUUUCACGGAAAUAUUUCAAACUAACAGCGAGGACAAUAUUAUAUUUUCACCAUUUUCCAUUCAGACAUGUUUGGCCAUGGUACGUAUGGGGGCGGAUGGUGCCACUGCGGCCGAAAUGGAUUAUGGUCUCACUUUUACGAGUCAAUCAGAGGAAAAUAUUGGCGCGAAUUAUCAGGAACUCUUAACAAAAUUUAAGGAUGGAAAAAUCUUGAAAAUUGCCAACAAAAUUUAUGUAGCCAAUAAAUAUAGUCUGAAAAAUACUUACCAUGAAAUACUGGGUGAAAAAUUCUUUUCCUCUGUGGAAAAUGUGGAUUUUACUGAAAGUGAAAAAACUGCCGAAUUGGUGAAUUCUUGGAUUGAAUCGAAAACCGAUAAUGCCAUACACCACAUUAUCAGCCCUGACACAGUCACAAAUGAUACCCGCUUAAUGCUGGUUAGUGCCAUCUAUUUCAAGGGUAAUUGGCAAAAACCUUUCGAUACGAAAUACACCCGCGAAGCCGAUUUCUAUAUGGCUAAUAAUAAAACCAUGAAGGUGGAAAUGAUGUUCGGAGCAGGAAUGAUGUCAUGUGAUAUUAUUCGCGAAUUGGAUGCAAAAGUUAUUCGCCUGCCAUAUAAAGAUUCCGAUCUAUACAUGAUGGUUAUUUUGCCAAACUCUCGCAAUGGUUUGAAAGAUUUGAUGGAGAAAUUAAAAACAUUUAGCUUGUCAUCCCUGACAGCAGAAAGGCUAGGAUAUUUUGGGACUUUCCUUUAUUUGCCCAAAUUCAAGGUCGAAUUUGAGAUUCUCUUAAAUGAACCAUUGAAAAUGCUGGGCAUGCAGCACAUGUUCACUGAUGCAAAUUUGAGUAAAAUGCUAACAGCUAGUGAACCUCUUCAGGUCACAAGUGUCAUCCACAAGGCCUUCAUUGAUGUCAAUGAAGUGGGUACCGCCGCCUCUGGUGCCGCAGGAAUUCCAGUUAUGACUAAAACCAAACCCUUCGAUUUUCGAGCUGACCAUCCAUUUUACUAUGUCAUAAUGAAUGGCGAUUCGAUUCCCCUCUUUCAAGGAACCUUUGUAGGAAUAUAAUCAAUUAAAGAAUGCAUCAAUUUCAAA